AUGAAGGUCACCUUUAAGGACCUCAAGCAGAACAAGUUCACGCUUGAAGUCGAACCCACCGACCUCAUCUCUACUGUGAAGCAAAGAAUCUCCGAAGAGAAGGGAUGGGAUGCCAAGGAGCAGAAGCUUAUCUACUCUGGCAAGAUCCUAAAGGACGAGGAGACUGUUGAGUCGUACAAGAUCGAGGAGAAGGGAUUCGUCGUCUGCAUGAUCCAGAAGCCCAAAGCCAAGCCUGCCGCACCUGCUGCCUCCUCAUCCGCUGUGCCCUCGACCCCGGCGCAGCCUGUUGCCGCGACCCCAGCUGUCCCUGCCGCCCCUCAGGCUUCGACCCAGGCCGCCGUGCCUUCGACCCCGACCCCCGCCGCUAGGGCUGGCGCUGGUGGCGAUGGCGCGCCCACUGACCCUUCGAUGGCCAUGGGCGCUCAGCGUGCCGAGGUUGUCGCUAACAUGGAGGCCAUGGGCUUUGAGCGCUCCCAGAUCGACGCUGCCUUGCGCGCUGCGUUUUACAACCCCGACCGUGCUGUUGAAUACCUACUGACGGGCAUCCCCGAGGACGCUCAGCGUGAGCAGGAGCAGCGCCAGGCGCCGUCCGCUCCCGCCGCCGCUCCCGCCCAGCCUGCCGGUGGCGACAAUGCAGGCGAUGACGGCAACGUGAACCUCUUUGAUCUUGCGGCUCAGCAGCGGGGUGGCAGCGGACGUGGCAGCGGUGGCCCUGGUGCUGGUGCCGCUGCUGCUGCAGGUGCCGGAGCUGGUGCUGCUGCUGCUGGCAUUGCCGCCGCCGCCGCUGCUCAAGGUGGAGGCUUCGGCAACCUGGACUUCCUGCGGAACAACGCGCAAUUCCAGCAGCUCCGCCAGGUCGUUCAGCAGCAACCCCAGAUGCUUGAGCCCAUUCUCCAACAACUCGGUGCCGGCAACCCUCAGCUCGCGCAAUUGAUCGCUAACAACCCUGACCAAUUCCUGAGUCUGCUCGGCGAGGAUGUCGAUGAUGAUGUGCCCCUGCCCCCCGGCGCCCAGGCGAUUAGUGUCACCGAGGAGGAGCGGGAUGCCAUCGAGCGCCUUUGUCGUCUUGGCUUUGACCGCGACCAGGCCAUUCAGGCUUACUUUGCCUGCGACAAGAACGAGGAGCUCGCGGCGAACUUUCUGUUCGACCAGCCCGAGGACGAUGAUGACAGACCACAGGGCAACUAA